AUGACAGCAAUAAGAAGAUUAAUUCAAGAACGAGAAGAUUUUAAACCAAAUGCAUCUAAUUAUAUAUUUGCAGAACCAAUGAAGAAUGAUAUAUUCAAUUGGCGUGCAAAAAUUCGUGGUCCACCCGAUACGCCGUUUGCAGGUGGUAUAUUCAUUCUCGAUAUUAUUUGUUCAGAUGAAUAUCCAUUUAAACCUCCGAAAUAUACAAUGAAAACAAAUAUGUUUCAUCCCAAUAUUUCUUCAACUGGUAACAUAUCUAUUAGCAUUUUGAUGGAACACUGGUGUCCCACAUUAACGAUUGAAAAAAUUUUACUUUCUAUAUUAUCUAUUCUUGAUAAUCCUGUCAUGGAUAAUCCUGUCAAUGAUGAAGCUGCUCGAUGCUUUAGAAAAAAUCGUACGGAAUAUGAUUCAAUUGCUCGAGAAUAUACAUUAAAGUAUGCCAAUGAAUCUUCUGUUCAUAAUGAAAAUAAGCAGGACCAUCAUCCAGAUAGUGGCGGACCAGCGGCCCAAAUAUAG